AAUCAACAAUCUUAAUAUAUUUAAAUGAUAAUAAUCAAAUCUAAUCUUAAAUACACAGAGAAAAAAGAGAGGGGGGGGAAAAAAAUGAGAGGCAGAAGCAGAGAGAGGUACAGGGGAUCAGGCAAAGGGCACCGGCCACGGUCUAGACGGACGGCACUGGGCAGAACGUUUGAGCGUCCCAUAGAGUACAGUAGGCAACAAAGAGAUCGGGGCAUCAGCCAAAGAAGGGGUAACAGGAAUCAGAGGAUGUUUGUGGAGCGGGGAUACGACGAAGGAAUGUAUAAACAAGCCACGGCCUUCUUCUUCACUAACUUCCCCGAUGACUGGAGCUCUGAAGAGAUGUGGAAGACUUUCGGCAGACACGGUAGAGUAUAUGCAGUGUAUAGUCCAUAUAGAAAAUCUAGGAAUGGCAGAAGGUUUGGUUUUGUAAGAUUCCUAGAGGUAAAAAAUGCAAAGGCUCUUGAAAGACAGCUAGAUCAGAUAAUGAUCGACGGUAUCAAAAUCUGGGUGAAUCUAGCUAAAUAUCCAGCAGAAGCUCGAGAGAUGAAGGGAAAUAGGAACACGGCUCCUCCAAAUAAAGUGGUAAAGGGGAAAUCCUAUGCAGACGCAGUCAGGGGGCUGGAUAAAAAGGACUCUCGGGUUGAGACAUUGUCAGCCGAACAACACAAAGAUCGCAGAGCUCUUGGUGGAAGUCUGAAACAAGAGAUCAAACAGCAAGCUUGGAGAAAGAAGAAGGAUGGGGAAGCACGGGUGGAGAUGGAGUACAAUGUCAAGGAAGAAGAUUUCGAGUGGCUCCGAGACUGCUAUGUUGGUGUAGUCCACUCUGUUGAAAUAGUUCCAAUCCUCCAGGAAAGAUUCUACAUGGAAGGCUACUUUACAUGCCGGUUAAGGGCUAUGGGAGGCAAAUUGGUACUUUUGGACUGUGAGGAUAAGACGGAGUUGAAAGAACUAGUUCAUGGUGCAGCUAGCUGGUUAGGCCAAUGGUUCGCAGAAGUCAAGCCAUGGACUCCAACAACAGUAGCAAAAGAAAGGUUUGUCUGGCUAAAGUGCCUGGGAGCACCUAUACAUGCAUGGGGGCCAGAGUUUUUUGAGUCUAUGGUGACGGCAUGGGGGAAAUUUGUCAGCCUGGAUGACAACACAAGCAAGAAAAGAAGGUUCGACGUUGCUCGAAUACUAAUCUCCACGCCGAUUAUGGAGUCAAUCUCAGUUAAAAGGCAGAUAAAAGUUAAUGGAGACCAUUUCAAUCUCAUGUUCAUGGAAGAGGAAGGGGCUAACAGUCUCUUCUCUAUGAAACACGACUUUUUGCCAAGCAUGAAGAGUGAAUCGAAAUAUGAAGAAUCCUGGUCGGAAGGCUUUACUGCGGAGGAGGAACCAGGUGAGGAAGACCGAGAAGAUAACAGGGAUUCAAAAGCCGACGACGGGAACACCGUUGGGGAUUCACCAGUCCAGAACUGGAAGGACAAACGGGCGUCUGCCAUUCCAGAUUCCGAGGCUCAUUUUGAAUUUGAAGGUGACUUACAAGAUGAAGUAUGUCAGAAAAAGAAGGAUCAGAUCUUUUACAGCUGGUUGGGUGAAGAGGAGUCAGUCGAAGUUGUUGCAGACAGUCUCGAGGAGUGCUUAGCAGGAAGUGACGUGGGAAGCAGAGAAGUGGAAGAAUCCCCGGCUCUCGAGUCACAAAAUCGGAUCAGCUCAGACCCAAUUGAAGUAUCAAUUGAUGAUGCAAGGCCUGGUUGGGCUAAGCCCAACAACCAACAUCCAGCCCAUUCACCGCAAAACUUGAGAAGCCCGAAUGAAGAGCCUCGGGUUUGUGAGGCAACGGGUAGUAGUAAGCAAGAUGAGCUGGAGGCACAACAAGAUAUCAGAUGUCUCGGUCAAAACCCAUUUGCAAAAAAAGGGAAAAAGAGAGACGGGCUGUCUCGGGAUGGAAGUUUAUCUUCUCCGACAGAUCUAGAAAGUGCAGAGGGAUCCGGUGAGGAGCGGAGGGUCCCAAGUGGCAAGGAAGGGACGACCUCAAGAAACAAAUCGAACAGGUUGAAGAAAAAGAAGAAGACGUUAAUGUGCAGAUCAGUGUAUAACAGAGCCAGCAUCUUGGGUUUCAUGAAUUAUAAGAAGAAAACCAAGAACGGAGCUAGCUCAAAAAAAGCCCCAAGUCAAGAGAUGCCGAGCUUCAUGCCGAACUCAAGCUACCCCGUAGCAGGAGGAUCCGUUGGAGAUAGUGGGAUAGCAAACUGCAACAGGUUGAUAAAGGACCAUCCAAGCCGUAGAAUAGCAGAAGAGCUUUGGGACUUUGCAAAGCAAAUUGGGGUCACCGCAGAGGAUGAGGCCGUGAUUCUUGGGAACCUUGAAGGAAUGGAGAAACGAGACAGAGAAGCAAAGGAAUCGGAGAUCCCGAAUCCAGCGAGGAAGAAGAGACACUUAAGGGAGUUAGUUAAGAAGGAAAAGGUAGACUUUCUAGCAAUCCAAGAAACUAAGCUGGAAGGGAUAGAUAGCAGAAUUAGCAGAUCAGUGUGGGGCACAGAGGAGGUGAAAUGGGUUGCCAAGGACGCGGUGGGUAUGUCGGGUGGAUUAGCUUGCUUUUGGAAUUCUAAAGUUUUUAAUGCCACAAGAAUUUUGGAGGGCGAGCACUUUAUAGGUUUGGAAGGGAUGUGGUGCCCAGAUAACGAACAGAUUAUAAUGAUCAACGUUUACUCUCCAUGCCAUUUAUCUGGUAAGAGAUCUCUCUGGGCAGAGUUAAGAAGAGUAAUUGAGAAUGAGGGAGGCAAAAUCUGCAUUAUGGGAGACUUCAACACUGUCAGAAAGGUAGAGGAAAGAAAAGGAAGCUCAGGGGUGACCAGUGAUAUGAGAGAAUUCGAUAGCUUUAUUCAAGACUUGAAUUUGGUAGAUAUCCCGUUAGUGGGUAGGAAAUACACAUGGUACCAAGCAAGUGGCAAUUAUAUGAGCAGAAUCGAUCGAUUCCUUCUUUCAGAAGAGUGGUUAAUGAAGUGGGGAGAGGCUAGACAAUGGGGUUUGAGCAGGACUGUGUCUGAUCACUGCCCAAUUCUGCUAAAACACCAGACCAUCGAGUGGGGGCCAAAACCAUUUAGAUUCUUUAAUUCUUGGCUAGAUCAAGAAGGCUGCAGUAAGCUGAUCAAAGAAGUGUGGAAUGACACCCAAGUACAAGGCUGGGCAGGUUUCUGUCUCAAAGAAAAGCUGAAGACAACCAAGGAAGCCUUACGGAAGUGGAGCAAAAAUCCGAUUUCAUCUCUUGACCUCAGAAUAAAUAAAGCUACUGCAGAUAUUGCCAAAAUUGACAUGAAGGGUGAGGAAUCGCAUCUGACAGAGUCUGAAAUUGAGAGCAGAAGAGAAGCAUUCAUACAGAUUUGGGAGAGUUUGAAAAGUAAGGAGAACAUGAUGCAACAGAAAUCAAGGAAAGCUUGGGUGGCUCAGGGGGAUGCAAACACCAGGUUCUUUCAUAACUGUGUGAAGGGCAGAUGGAGAAGGACGGAAAUGAAUAGCAUACAGAUAAAAGGGGAUCAAAUCAGGAACGCCAACAGAAUGAAAGAGGAAAUUGCUUGCUAUUUUGAGGAAUUAUAUACUGGGGUGGAUAAGGACAGACCAAGACUUGACGGGUUGUAUCUCAAGCAACUCACUGGGGAAGACAAUGAUUUUCUCACAUCUCCCUUUACUGAGGAGGAGAUAAAGAUAGCAGUAGGAGAAUGUGACAGCAUGAAGGCCCCAGGUCCUGAUGGAUUCAAUUUCAGGUUUGUCAAAGCAGAAUGGGAUGUAAUCAAAGCUGAUGUGGUGAGGUUCCUACAGGAAUUCCAGGCAAAUGGCAAACUGGUGAGAGGUCUAAACACUUCUUUUGUUGUCCUGGUUCCAAAAGUUGAAAAUCCAGUUCGGAUUGAGGAAUAUAGACCUAUCUCACUCGUUGGAGCGAUGUAUAAAAUCUUGGCUAAGCUUCUAGCUAAUCGGCUGAAGAAGGUGCUUGAGAACCUAAUCGGGGAGCAACAGAUGGCUUUCUUGAAGGGAAGACAGUUGAUGGACGGCGUUGUUAUAGCUAAUGAGGUGAUUGACGAAGCAAAAAAGAAAAAGAAGAAAGCAUUCCUGUUUAAAAUAGAUUUCGAAAAAGCUUUUGACAAAGUAAGUUGGUCCUUUCUUGAUCACAUGAUGCAGAAGAUGGGUUUUUGUGUGAAAUGGAGACUGUGGAUCCAAGAAUGUUUACGAUCCAGCCUGGUAUCAAUCUUAGUUAAUGGCAGCCCAAGUAGGCAAUUCAAAGUGUCAAGAGGUCUAAGACAAGGAGACCCUUUAUCUCCGCUUCUAUUUUUGAUUGUAGCAGAGGGCCUGAACGGGCUAGUUUCAGAGGCUGUUAGAAAGGGGAAGCUGGAAGGCGUGGAGGUGGGUAAUAAAAGCUUUAGAAUCUCACACUUACAGUAUGCAGACGACACGAUCCUCUUUGGCAAAGCUACAGAAGAAAAUGUGUGGGCAUUGAAAGGAAUUUUGAGAGCAUAUGAACUGGUUUCAGGCCUGAAAAUCAACUUCAACAAAAGCCAAUUAGUGGGUAUUGGCGUGGAGGAGGCUUGGAUAAACAAAAUGUCUUGGGUGCUGAGCUGUAAAAUAGGUGUUUUGCCAAUAAAAUACCUAGGUAUCACAGUGGGAGGAAGCAGCAAAAGGACCGCUUUUUGGAAACCUCUGAUUGAAAUAUUUGAAAGAAAGCUAGCUUCAUGGAGGGGCAGAUACUUAUCUCUGGGGGGUCGGAUUACGCUUAUUAACUCAGUGCUGUCAAGUCUCCCCGUCUUCUGGAUGUCAAUGUAUAUGAUCCCAAAAGGUACAAUUCUUUUACUUGACAAAAUUCGCAGGAAAUUUUUGUGGGGCGGGACUGAGGGGAGGAAGAAGAUUAAUUGGGUUAAAUGGGAAAAUGUAUGCAAAGAAAAACAGCUAGGUGGUCUGGGAGUUAAGGAUCUUAGGAAGUUUAACCUCGCCUUAUUAGGCAAGUGGUGGGGGAGACUAGUGAGAGAUGACAAAGGGCUUUGGGGUAAGGUUAUUCUAGAGAAGUAUGGGAAGGUAGGGGAACCAAGUUAUAAUUGGCUGAGGGAGGGUUUCAAUCACGGGUCUUCAUGGUGGAGGGAUAUAUGUAGGGUAAGUGAUGCGGAAGAGAACAACAAAGGAUGGCUUGCUGACGGGCUUGAAAUUAGAUUGGGAGACGGGGAAGACACGAGCUUUUGGUGGGAUGAGUGGUGUGGGGGAGAGAGUCUUGCAAACAGAUUUCCCAGACUAUAUCUAAUUUCUGCAGGAAAAGAUAAAAAGAUAUCCCAAAUGGGAAAUUGGCAGGAUGACUCAUGGAAGUGGGAAUUGAAGUGGAGAAGAAAUCUGUUCAGCUGGGAGGAGCAAGAGGAGAGGGCACUCAUGGCUGAAAUCCGAAACAUCAACAUAAAUAGAGGAAAAUCAGAUGAAAGGGUCUGGGUCCACAGCAAGGAAGGACUAUACACAACAAAAUCAGCAUACCAAGUAUUGACAAGGGAUUACAGGAGAGCCCAGCAGAGACCAGUUCUAAGUAAAGUAUGGCAGGAGUACAUCCCGAGCAAAAUUUCUGUAUUUGUAUGGCAAGUGCUGCAAGAUAAAAUCCCAACAAAGAUGAACCUGCUGAAGAGGGGAAUCAUACAAGACAUGGCAGACUGUAAAUGCAUUAUAUGUGGCUCUGUAAGUGAAGAUUCUGACCACCUCUUUAUUCAUUGCAAUUUUGCGUUGAGGAUAUGGAAUAGCUGCUACAGGUGGUGGGGUAGUAUGCAGGUGCUAGAUAGAGAUUGUGGGAGUGUGUUUGAACAACACCCCUUUAUAUUUAAUAACAAAGAGGUGAGGGGGGGUUGGGAAUGCAUUUGGUUCUCUGUUAUCUGGUCAAUAUGGUUAGCUAGAAAUGAAAAGCUAUUUACAGGCAAAGAAAUUGAGCCCAGCAGAACUUUGGAGCUGGUUCAGAUGAGGUCGUUUAAAUGGAUCAAAGGCAAAAGGAGAGGAAGCCUCUUCACUGUCUCAGACUGGAUCCUUAACCCAAAAGAGAAGGUAAUCCAUGGAGGCUGUCCGCUUCACAUCCCCACACCCACCCCUUCUACGCCAUCAAAUGCACCAGUUUUCGGCCUCCAGGGGACCCCAAGUUUCUGCCAAAACAAACCCAAAUGCCCGGCCGGCGAUCAAGGCCAGCCUGUCCAAACAGACGGCGGAACCUCUCCGGCCGUUCCUUACGAGGAGACUUCUUCUUCUUCGAAGGUUUCGUCUCCUCCACCUAAAAGGGUAUCUUUUAAUUCGCUUCAAUAUCCGCCUGGUUACCUGGGCGCUGUACGGAAUUGUUCAGUUACUGAAGGAAAUGGCAGCAUUAUAAAUGCUAUGGAGUAUUUGACAAAUAUAUUUUCUUCUAAGGUAUACGAUGUGGCAAUUGAGUCUCCCUUACAGUUAGCGCCAAAGUUAUCCGAGAGAUUGGGGGUUAAUGUUUGGCUCAAGAGAGAGGAUUUGCAGCCUGUUUUCUCGUUCAGGCUACGUGGAGCUUACAAUAUGAUGGCAAAACUUAGAAAAGAACAGUUAGAAAGAGGAGUUAUCUGUUCCUCGGCUGGAAAUCAUGCUCAAGGUGUUGCAUUAUCUGCGCAAAGACUUGGUUGCAAUGCUGUGAUUGUCAUGCCUGUUACUACACCAGAAAUCAAGUGGCAAUCUGUUAAGAGAUUGGGAGCAACUGUUGUUCUUGUGGGUGAUUCUUAUGAUGAGGCACAGGCAUAUGCUAAAAAGCGAGCCAAUGAGGAAUCCCUGACAUUUAUACCUCCAUUUGACCAUCGAGAUGUAAUCACGGGACAAGGGACGGUUGGGAUGGAAAUUGUGCGCCAAAUGCAAGAACCGUUACAUGCAAUAUUUGUACCCAUUGGUGGUGGUGGUCUGAUAGCUGGUAUUGCUGCUUAUGUGAAGAGGGUAUCCCCAGAGGUCAAGAUUAUCGGUGUGGAGCCCUCAGAUGCAAAUGCUAUGGCAUUAUCUUUACAUCAUGGUGAGAGAGUGAUGUUGGAUCAAGUUGGUGGCUUUGCAGAUGGUGUAGCGGUUAAAGAGGUUGGAGAAGAAACGUUUUGUCUCUGUAAAGAAUUGCUAGAUGGCAUUGUCCUUGUUGGCCGUGAUGCCAUAUGUGCCUCUAUUAAGGAUAUGUUUGAGGAGAAAAGAAGCAUUUUAGAACCAGCUAGUGCUCUUGCUCUUGCUGGUGCCGCAGCCUAUUGCAGGUAUUAUGGCCUCAAGAAAGAGAAUGCUUUGCUUGCCACUGUGAUGCCAGAAACACCUGGGAGCUUCAAGCAAUUUUGUGAAUUGGUGGGGCCUGUGAAUAUUACUGAGUUCAACUAUAGGUCUAGGCAUGAUAAAGAAGCUAUUCUGCUGUACAGUGUUGGUGUUCACGUGGUAUCUGAGGUUGAGGCAAUGAAGCAGAGGAUGGAAUCUGCUCAACUCAGAACUCAUGAUCUCACAUCGAGUGACUUGGUUAAAGAUCACUUGCGUUAUAUGAUGGGAGGCAGAUCAAGUGUUGAAAAUGAGGUUCUUUAUUGCUUUAUCUUCCCGGAGAGGCCUGGUGCCUUGAUGAAGUUCUUAGAUGCUUUUAGUCCACGUUGGAAUAUUAGUUUGUUCCAUUACCGUGCUCAGGGUGCAACCGGUGCAAAUGUGUUGGUUGCAAUCCAAGUUGCACAGAGUGAGAUGGGUGAGUUUCAACACCAGGCUGACAGCCUAGGAUAUGAGUAUGAGGUGCUAACUGAUGACAAUAACUUUAAAGUUCUAUUGCACUGAAUCAAAUCGGGUUCAUUUUCUAGCGCAAGUGAGCAAUCAAAUUAAGCUGCGCAAAUUUUAGGAGCUUUAAUAAAAACCAAGUUUAGGAAUAAUAGUCAAUGACUUAAGUAGUUUAGCAAUACUCUCCUUGUGAAAGUAAAAGUCUUGUAUUUGUGUUGUAUGAUAGUAGGUUUCUUCUUAUUUUGUAACUCAAGAUCAAAAAAUUAAAAAUAAAAGUAGGAAUAAUGGUUUUUGAUCAACCAUUUUUGUAAUAUAGGAAGAUAAGGAAGUGGUAGGAGUUCACUUAAUCGUGCUUGGGUAAUUUUUUAUGCUUUGUAACGCGAAAGAAUUGUUGGUUUGAUUGAAUGAGCUUUGGUUGUUUUGGUAGGUAAUGAAUUAUUGCAAUCCAU